GAACAUACAGACUGGUCAUUAUUGAAGUUCCUCAAGUACAGAGCGGAAGGCGAUGAUUUUACUUAUGAUAGAAGAAAGGAGCAUAUGUUGUAUAAAGCUAAUCUGAACCUAUUAGCAAGGACCAAGGAACAUGCUCAAGCUAUAAAAUAUCUCUCUAAUUUUGAAAAUGAGAAGGCUUCCGUAAGCAUAGACAACUUCUGGAUGUCAGUUGAUAAUAGAUUCAGUAAUGAAAAACAGAAACACAUAGAGACUGGCUAUGAUCUAACUUUGGCUGAUGAGGUGACCCAGCAGAUGAAGACUUACAUAAGAUCAACUACUACCAGAGUUACCAAAAGAUUUUUGGACAGCCGUGAAACAAGCUCACCAAAACGGUCAACAAGGAGAAAACGGGACAUUGAGGAUGGUGAAAAUGAGACACAGAUGUAUCAAGAAAACCAAGAAAUAAUUACAGACAUUGGGAAUAAUCCACUUUAUGUAACUGAACACAUUGAGAAGAAUGAA